AUGCUAUCUUCAACUGUUAGAAAUUCCCUUAAGCAUUUAACAAAAACCGCUUCCUAUUCAACCACAGGUUCUAAAACUUUAACCAUUGGUUUGAUUCCAGGUGACGGUAUCGGUAAAGAAGUUAUUCCAGCUGGUAAGAAAAUAUUGGAAAAAAUCUCUGAAUCUACCAACUUAAAUUUCAAAUUUAUCGACUUAGAAGCUGGGUGGGCCACUUUCCAAAAAACGGGUGAAGCUUUACCUGAUGAAACAAUCGACAUUUUAAAAAGCCAAUGCCAAGGUGCCUUAUUUGGAGCCGUUCAAUCUCCAACUGUUAAAGUUGCCGGCUACUCCUCUCCUAUUGUUGCCCUAAGAAAGAAAUUAGGUUUAUAUGCCAAUGUUCGUCCAGUUAAGAGUGUUGCCGGUACCGGUGAUAGACCAGUAGACAUGGUUAUUGUUAGAGAAAACACCGAAGAUUUGUAUAUCAAGGAAGAACGUACUUUUACUGAUCCAAAAACUGGUUUGCGUGUCAGCGAAGCUAUUAAAAGAAUCAGUGAAGAGGCCACCAGAAACAUUGCCACUAUUGCUUUACAAAUCGCCUUAAAUAGAUAUGCUAUUAAGGGAAAAAGUACUUUAACUGUAACACAUAAGUCUAAUGUUUUAUCUCAAAGUGAUGGGUUAUUUAGAGAAGUUUGUAAAGAAGUUUAUCAAUCUAAGCCAGAGUAUGCCAAGAUUGGUUACAAUGAGCAAAUUGUUGACAGUAUGGUUUACAGAAUGUUCAGAGAACCAGAAUGCUUUGAUGUGAUUGUUGCACCAAAUUUAUACGGUGAUAUUUUAUCUGAUGGUGCUGCUGCUUUGGUUGGUUCAUUAGGUGUUGUACCAAGUGCCAAUGUUGGUAAAGACUUCGUUGUUGGUGAACCAUGUCAUGGUUCUGCUCCAGAUAUUGCUGGGAGGGGUAUUUCCAACCCAGUUGCUACAAUUAGAUCUACUGCCUUGAUGUUAGAAUUCUUGGGUCACCCAGAUGCAGCUAAUAAAAUCCAGAAGGCUGUGGACGCUAACGCAGUUGAAAACACAAUCAAGACUCCAGAUUUGGGCGGUAAAUCUACUACCGAAGAAGUUACUAAUGAUAUUAUAUCAAAAUUGUAA